ACUGUUAGGUGAACGUCACUGCCUCCUCUCUCUCUCUCUCUUCACACUCUCUUCCGCUUUCUCUUGAGUAUGUCUGUUUUUGUUUACUAAAGAUUGCUAUCAUUCAUUCUUCCUUUUUCUUCUUAGCUUUCUCUCUCUUGUACAAUCUUCUUCAAUUCUCUUAUAAUAAUUAUUAUUAUCAUUCUUUUUUUUUUUUGGUUCUUUCAAAAGCACAAAGUUUUCUUCUCAGAUAGCAAGAGUUUUAGCUUUCCAGAUUCUUUCCCGGGGAAAGCCUAAAAAGAGCAAAGGAAAAAUAGAGGAGAGAAAAAAAAUAAAAAUUGAUUUCAUUAUGUGUUUGAAGGGCACUGAAGAAGAACAAAACAAAAGGAUUGUUACAUAGUUCCCUUGCUGUGAAUAUUGCACUUUAAUCUCAAAAUCUGGUUUUUAUAAAGGAAAAGAGAAGCACCCUCUUUCUCUCUCUCUCUCUAUAUCUCAUAUAUACUCUGUAACCAUCAAGCUAUAUACCCCUUCUAAAAAAGAUGCCCUUGGAAGGGAUUUUCAUUGAACCUACUUCAACUUCUACACCUGAUCUUUCCCUUCACAUAAGUCCACCAAGCACUUCCUUUUCCUCUUCUUCGAUUUGCAACAACAACAACACAUCUGGUGGUGGUGGUGGCAUCAAUUAUGAGGCACGCAAUUCAACAAGCACAAAUUUCCCUUCACAAGCUCACAUUGAGCUUUCUUUGGGAAGGAAUUUCAGUGUUGGAGGAGGAAGAGGAGGAGGAGGAGUUCCUGAAGAACCACUACCACACCACAACAACAACAUCAACAAUAACCCUUAUUAUCAAACCCAACAGGCUCAUUUCCAUCAUCUUCAACACCAUUCUAAUGCUUCAAGAGCAACAACAACGACAAGCACUACUACAAGUUCCUCCAAUCACAUGAGUCACAUAAAUUAUGGGGUUUCUUUGCUUGAUGUGUCAUCAGAAGGAUUGAGGCCAAUCAAGGGGAUUCCGGUGUAUCACAACCGUUCAUUCCCUUUCUUGCCCUCGGAACAUUCAAGAGACAACAAGGAUCAUCAUGCCAAAAUGUGUUUAUAUCAUCACAUGCCAACAUAUCCCUCUUUGUCCUCUUCUUGUUCUCCUCUGUGUUCUUCUUCGUCUUCUUCUUCUUCUCCAGCUGCACCCUACUUCGCCGCUGCUACCGCGGCGUAUAGGGCUGCCACGGCCACAAGGUUUAAUGGAAUUUCCGGGGAGGCUUUCAAAUCUCAUCAUCCAUUGCACCACCAUCACUCAUCAUCACCACACUAUGGGGUUGGACUUGGACCCUCUCAUGAGACCUCUGCAGGGUUGAUGAGAUCAAGGUUUUUGCCAAAGUUGCCAGCAAAGAGGAGCAUGAGAGCACCGAGAAUGCGGUGGACAAGCACACUCCACGCUCGAUUUGUCCAUGCUGUGGAGCUUCUUGGUGGCCAUGAAAGAGCUACACCAAAGUCAGUUCUUGAGCUCAUGGAUGUGAAGGAUCUCACAUUAGCUCAUGUCAAAAGCCAUUUGCAGAUGUAUCGAACUGUUAAGACCACUGACAAGCCUGCUGCUUCUUCAGGCCUUUCAGAUGGAUCAGGAGAAGAUGACAUGUCUCCAAUGGGAAGCAGUGGUGGAAUGCGUCAAUUUUCAGACCAAAGAAGCCUUUCUGAUCGACCACUGCAACAAGAUAUGGACUACUCUUCAGGCAACAACACUCUAUGGAGUAACUCUUCAAGCAGUAGAGAAACAUGGCAACAAAAUAACUCUAAUGACGUAGAUGGUUUCAGACCCCCAAUCUUCCAGUCACAACAAAUAUCAGGAGGGCAUCAAAUUCAGCAGGAGUGUGAUUCAACCCAACUCAAGAACAGUUUGUCAGGAUCAAAUUUAGAGUGCAAGAACCCAAGUUUGGAGUUCACAUUAGGGAGACCAGAUUGGAAUGGCAAAGGACAAGCCUAAUUUUCAUUGGUUCCCUUAUUGUCUCUAGCUAGUUUGCUUAAUUAGUUUAAUUACAACCCACGGUAACAUGUGACAAACUUCGUAAUCUUUCCUGAAAUAGAGAGGUGUUGUACUAUAUAUAUAUAUAUAUAUAUAUAUUCAAUCAGAAAAAUAAAAUUAAAAGCCCUAUAUAGUUCUAUAAA